AUGGAAUCAGAAUUAACAAAGCUAGGCAGAUCCAUCCCGGUUCCUUCCGUUCAAGAGGUGGCAAAGGAGGCCCUCGACCGAGUUCCACAACGAUAUCAGCGUCCUGAUCAAGACCCUCCAUUCACAUCCAUUGAUACUUGUUCACCACAGCAAGUCCCGGUCAUCGACAUGCUUAAGUUGCUCUCUGGAGAUCAUUUCAUGGACGUUGAACUAGAAAAGUUGCACUAUGCAUGCAAAGAAUGGGGUUUCUUCCAGUUGAUAAAUAAUGGAGUGAGCAAGUCACUGGUGGAUAAAGUGAAGAAGGGGAUUCAAGUGUUCAACCUCCCGAUGGAAGAGAAGAAGAAGCUUUGGCAGCGUGAAGGGGAUCUGGAGGGAUGACAGGCCUUUGUUGUGUCUGAGGAACAGAAGCUUGAUUGGGACAUGUUCUUCAUGACUGCACUCCCAACUCAUCUCAGGAAGCCUUACCUCUUCCCCAACCUUCCUCUCCCAUUCAGAGAUGACAUGGAAGCUUACUCGGCAGAACUGAGAGAUCUUGCGUUGAAAAUCCUUGCCUACCAGGCAAAAGCACUGGGAAUGGAUCCUAAUGAUUUAAGAAUUUUUGAAGAAGGUUGGCAAGAGGAUGAAAGACUCACAGCAGUUAUGUCCCCUCUCUUACUUAUCCCUCUGCCUCUUUUUGGUUCAAGCCUGGUUGUGAUAGUGACCAAUGGAAUUUACGGUAGCAUUGAGCAUCGUGCAACAGUUAACUCAGAGAAAGAGAGGCUCUCGAUCGCUACAUUUUACAGCCCGAAACUGGAUGGAGAAAUGGGUCCAGCUCCAAGCCUCAUCACUCCAGAAACUCCAGCAAAUUUCAAAAGAAUAGGUGUUGCAGACUUCUUCAAGGAGCUGUUUAAACGUAGGCUCGAGAAAAAGUCAUUCCUUGACGUCUUGAGAACCCAAAACUAG